UGUAGCCCUCGACUGGCUUCAGAUACCCCCCUCCACCUCCUCCUCCUUCACACUCAUCUCUGUGGCACUGAUUUCUUGUUUUGCUUCGGGUGUUUGUUUUAACCCGGAGGAAACAUGGAAUCGACACACAGUGGGGGUGAGCCUCAGCUGCUGGAAACGAAACCUCGGCAAAAGAACGUGGAGAAGAUGAGGCAACAUGUGGAGGAGGAUAAAGGCCUCACCACUGGCCCGCCCUGUGGAAUCCACUUCAGCAUUGAGAGCGCCACACUCACAAGAAAAAGGGGUGUUGAGCCCACCAGACAAGACAUCGACAGCCUGCCGACUAACACAGCUUUUCGCACCAAAGGAAAAAGGGAGCUGCUACUGGAAAAGACUCUUCGUGACAGAAUAAGCAAGGAGGUACUGGAGAGGUCAAGUCCUAUUGCUCCACUCAAGCAAUAUUCAACAACAAAGCAAGCUUUAUUUCAUUACACCUUGGAACCGGAGCCCCCUUUUCCCAAUAAGGCACAUAAUUAUCACACGGAGCAGCCAAUCACCUAUUGGUCCAAUAAUGUUAACAACAUUCAGGGAGUAACAGACAUCAAGUCAAGAGAGAAACCCUUUCUCAAGAACACCACUUUUAGCAAACCAAUCAGCGAGCGCCUGGACACACCAUUUUAAUGAAGCAAUUUUAAAUAUUUAACCCAGAAAAAAGUGGACGCUAGCGAAAUUCAUUUUAUUACAGGAUACAGUAUAAUAUAU